GAACAAAACAUGAAGGAGUGUUUCAACAACACAUCAAACACAUUCUAUAUUCUAGCUUUCUCCACCUCCAAUGCAGGAGGACUUGUGCUUUUUACUGGAGUUCUGCUAAUGUAUCUGAUGACAGUGACUGGGAACUUGCUUAUUACAACAUUGAUCUGCCUGGUGCCCAGGUUGCACACCCCUAUGUAUUUCUUCCUAUGUAAUCUCUCCAUUGUAGAUGUCAUUUAUGUUUCUAGUAUUCUUCCAAAGCUCUUGUCAGUAACACUAACAAAGGCCAAAGCAAUGUCUUUUUCAGGAUGCAUAGCUCAGACUUCCUUUCUUGUCUUAUCUGUUGUUUGUGAUAUGUUGGUGCUGACCGCCAUGUCUUAUGAUCGGUAUGUUGCCGUCUGUAAGCCUUUACAGUAUCAUCUGAUAAUGAAUACAAGAGUUUGCACUAUAGUGGCCAUUUCCAUUUGGCUUAUAGCCAUUAUCAAUUCAGUAAAAUAUGGCAUUAUUACUUCUGUAUUAUCUUUUUGUAGCCCACAGAACCUUGAUCAUUUUUAUUGUGACCUAAAAACACUGUACACAGUCACCACUAGUGACACUUCCAGCAGGGAAAUACUUAUAAUUGUGGAUGAUAUUUUUCUUGCAUUUAUACCCUUUUCUUUGGUUCUGAUUUCCUAUGUGUAUAUUAUUUCCUCCAUCAUGAAGAUAAGUUCAUCAGCUGGUCGUGUCAAAGCGUUCUCGAGCUGUACCUCUCACAUCACUACCGUCAUAUUGUUCUAUGGCCCUGCUAUCAUACACUAUGCUGAUUCAGAAGCUGGACUCUCUAAAGAGGGUGAUAAGGUGAUGUCACUGAUCUAUAUGGCUCUGGUCCCAAUGCUGAACCCUGUAGUCUAUACCUUAAGAAACAAAGAGGUUUUGGGAGCAAUUAAAAAGCUUCAGCCAGCCACAAACAAACUAAUGUAUAAUAUUUUUGUAUAA